AUGAAUAACAUAACAUCAUUGAAUGAAGAGCUUUUGAGUUUGAUUUUCCACAAUUUCAAAUCCAUAAAGCAGUUGUCUACAUGUGGACUGGUAUGCGAAUCAUGGAACGAGCCUGCAGCAAAAGAGAUGCUUGGUCGAACAAUUGUCAUCAAGACGGAACUAAAAGCUAUCGAGGUAUACAAUCAUCUGAUAAUGGAAUCCUCUAAAGCAAAGUAUACCAAACACAUGCACUUUGUAUUUAAUGGCGUGGAAUUACCUGUCGUUGUUGAAAAGCUUUUACGCGUUGCCCUAACACCCAAUAUUGAAAGAAUCUCUGGUUUUACAGAACCAGACGUGUUUUUCAAGACCAUUCAUGACAUGAUAAACUCAAGAAACUUCAAUAGAAACAAGCUAAAGGAAUUGCCAGCAUAUGCUGGUUCAAACACCAGCACAAGAAUCAGGAGACUGUGGCUUCUAAGACAAUCCAUCGAAUCAAUGGCAAUUACCUUGGGCGAUAGCCGACAUGAUGACGCUUGGAAGUUUAUUGAACAAUUAGAGCAAUGCAAAAGCUUGAAUUAUCUUCAUAUGAAAGGCUUUUUAAAAGGAAUGAACGAGCUGGAAGUCAUCUUGAAUCAUUGUCCGUAUUUGCAUGCAUUGAAAAUCCUAGAUUUCGACUUGGAAGGCGAUAUUUACCAUCACACAGUAUCCAAAGAGAAUGUGGAUGCUCGGGCCAUUGCUUAUGUGAAACAACAAGAUCAGCUCAAAUCAAUGUCGAUAGAUGCAACAUGUCGACCUGAAUUGUUGGAGUAUCUGAUCUACAAAUACGUGAAUAUCAAGAGUUUAGCCAUCCAAGGAAGCUUGUGGUUGGCAAGUGCCAAACAAAAUUUGCAAAAUGGAAACCUUGGCCGCAUCUUGGAUGCCAUUUCAGAAAUUGAAUCUGUAAAACUAGCGUUGAUAUUGCCAGCAGAAACAAGAUUGAAGGAUGCAGCAUUAUUCACGAGAGGACGAGUUGAAGACAUCCGGUUUGAGCUGGAAGAAAUCAAGGGCGUUCAGGAUAUUGUUCUGAAGGCUGAAUGGUAG